UACAGUGAGGUACAUGGUUCUAGUGUACCUGUUCGCCAUUUUAGCGUCGUACACCACGAUAUAUAUACAGAGAAAAUAAAGAAGAAUAUAAAGAAGAACGGAAUAAACACAAGAACUCGAAAAAAAUUAUUUCAAACUCGUGUGUGACUCGCUCGUUCAUUGAGUAAACUAAAUAAAUUGCAAGUGUAAGCAUUUUUCGAAGCAAACAAAAAUUAAAUUAAUUGAAUUUUUUAGUUCGGAUUAUCGCGGUUCAUGUCGGACAGAAUCGACAACAACAACAGCGGAAAAAAAGUUUUUUAAUUCAGUGUGUAUGUGUACACGUUAGUGUGCAUUUUUCGAAACUGUUUUUAUUUCCAUUUUCCAUCAACUUUUAUCGCAGAAAAGGGAAAAUCCCGACGCAACAGCAAGAGAAAGAACGCACGUUCUCUGCUGUACUUUUGUACUUUUGCUAAAUCGAACACUUAAAUAUAUAAAACAAACUGAUAAAUAGAAAGAAAACGCUGUGUCGUUUAUUCGCCGCCGUCGUCGUCUUCAACAUCACCAUCAUCAACACAACAUCGUCGUCGUCGUCGUCGUUGUCGUCACAACAACAACACACAAACAAAAGGUGGGUGCCACUUAGUCUCAGGCUCAGGCUUAUAUGGUUAUCAAUUAUUGAGAAAUGAAGUGCAAUUACGAAUGAUGAUGAAUUAAUUUGUUGAAAGGGUUGGAAAAACCACUCAUCCGUUAUCCCUGGUUGCGCUUAUAAUUGACUUUAGCUGCAGUUUAUCCACUGAAAAUUGUCUGAUCGAAUGAAAGUCCGUUUCCUAAUUCAAGACACCAGUAUCCAGUUUCAGUGGCAGUGGAUUCGAACGCAACACGAAUGCCAGACAUGUGAACAAGUUUUGUUGGUUUUAUGUGCAAAUCGAUAAAAUUCAUUACACUUAGCAAAUACGAAAACUGAUUUUCAAGACAAGAACAAGUUAAGAAGAAGAAGAAGUAACCAUCGUACAUUUUGUGGGACGUUAACUGAAAAAGUUGUUGCACAUUUGAGUGAAGUUUUUUCAUCUGUUUGUGAAGAUAAGAUUAAAGUCAAUUUUCCGUUUGAGAGCUGUAUACGCCGUUUGCCUUAAUCAAAACAACAGAACAAGAAAAGAGAGAGAGAGAGAGAGAAAAGCUCCCGUUGCGUUACUUGCGUUAUUUGUUGUGUUAUUCGUUUGUUUGAUUUUUACUUUGUGCUGUAAACUAAAUAAAAACCGUCAAGCUGGCCGCCUCCGUAGCAAUGAAUUCAUAUCAUCCGUAUGGGGAUAUAUCAUCACCACAUCCACCUAGUCCGGACAACAACAACUAUGCGUCGUCAAUGUCAAUUGGCAACGCUGGUGGACACCAUCACAAUGGUCAUGCACAGCUCAUGAGUUCGAUAGGUGGCCAACAACAGGGUUUUCAUCAAAUCAACAACAACAAUGCAAUGUUGAACAAAUGUGCUGGCUGCGGCAGUAAAAUAGCCGAGCGAUAUCUUCUAUCAGCAAUCGAUAAAUUCUGGCAUCACACGUGUCUGAAAUGCACUUGUUGCGGCGCUACAUUAGCCGAUUUGGGUACGGUUUGUUACACAAGAGGAAAUAUGAUACUAUGUAAGGCUGAUUAUUCUAGAAUGUUUGCGCCGCCACCAUGCUCUGCAUGCAACCAAACAAUAUCACCGAAUGAAUUUGUCAUGCGAACAACGUCACAAUCAAGUAAUCAACAGUCGCCGAAUCAACCAAAUCCAAUCCAACAUCAUGUAUUUCAUUUAAAGUGUUUUACAUGUUCAAAUUGCACGGCUCAGCUAAGGCAGGGCGAUCGUUACUACAUGUUAAAUGGUAAACUGGUCUGCGAACAGGAUUGGCAUAAGUUGGUGAAAGCGCCGGUCGCAAAUAACAGCACACCACCCGUACGUAAAGGAAAGGUCGGCAGACCGAGGCGAUCGAGAGACUGAGAAGUUGCACCGCGUUUGGGUCGACCGCCAAAGAUACGCAAAGAUGAUAUAGACCA